UCUAUAUCGCUAUAUGUGCUUCCCACUUCCCUCCCUCACCUCUCCGCAAUGUUACUGUAAGUCUCUUGUGAACCCUCUCGCCUCUUCUCUUCUUCUGAGAGCUCUCGUCGGUGAACGCGAUCGCAGCAGAAGAAACGCGAGUUUAGUUAGGAAAGAGCGAUGGCCAAUCUUUCUGGGCUAAAUGCGGGAGCGGUGAAUCCAAACCCUAACAAAUCAUUCGAGGUGCUUCCGGCUCCUAGUGACUCUGUUUCCAGCCUUAGCUUCGGUCCCAAGGGUAAUUACCUGGUGGCAACUUCUUGGGAUAAUCAGGUCAGAUGUUGGGAAAUUCUGGCAGGGAGCAGUCAGCCAAAGGCAUCGAUAUCACAUGACCAUCCAGUUCUGUGCUCGACAUGGAAGGAUGAUGGGACGACUGUGUUUUCAGGAGGCUGUGAUAAGCUGGUUAAAAUGUGGCCUUUGAUGUCUGGUGGCCAACCCACCCAAGUUGCUGCGCAUGAUGCACCCAUUAAAGAAAUGGCUUGGAUUCAACAGAUGAAUCUCCUUGUCACAGGAAGCUUGGACAAGACACUGAGGUAUUGGGAUACAAGACAAGCACAACCAGUUCAUACUCAGCAACUUCCAGAGCGCUGUUAUGCUCUAACAGUGCAGUAUCCUCUGAUGGUUGUUGGCACUGCAGAUCGACAUCUAAUUAUAUAUAACUUGCAAAAUCCUCAGACAGAGUUCAAGAGAAUCACGUCACCGUUGAAGUACCAGACAAGAUGCCUUGCUGCAUUUCCUGAUCAACAAGGUUUUUUGGUGGGAUCGAUAGAGGGAAGAGUUGGUGUACACCAUCUAGAUGAUGCACAGCAGAGCAAAAACUUCACAUUUAAAUGCCACAGAGAAGGCAAUGAGAUUUAUUCUGUGAAUUCUUUGAACUUUCAUCCUGUACAUCAUACGUUUGCCACUGCAGGAUCUGAUGGUGCUUUCAACUUUUGGGACAAGGACAGCAAACAAAGACUGAAGGCAAUGGCUAGGUGCCCUUAUCCUAUCCCAUGCAGCGCUUUCAACCAUGAUGGAUCAAUUUUUGCAUAUGCAGUUUGCUAUGACUGGAGCAAAGGUGCUGAAAAUCAUAAUCCAGCUACAGCAAAGACGUAUAUCUAUCUUCAUAGCCCACAGGAAAGUGAGGUUAAAGCGAAGCCGCGUAUAGGAACUGGUGGCCGAAAGUGAAUCUUUGAGCAAUCUAAAUGGAAGGGACAGAUAAUGAUUGAUGUGGUGCUUCAUCGGUGCUGUCGUUCCCUUUUCAUUUUUGGUCAUCAGGCAUGCUUGUAUUUCUGGUUUCUUUUUGUUUAAAUGCUGAAUAUCUUCUCGUGAAUUUGCUCAGUGUUACAUAUAUAAUAUAGGUGGAUUUUGCAAGCACACCUGGACCCAUGCACUUCCCUUUCUUCUGGGUCAUCUUUUUAAAUUUUUAGAGUGCUCAUUUGAGGUUUUAGUUAGCGAAAAAUGUAAACAAUUUCUUCCAGAUCUUGAUAUUAUUAGAUCCCGCUUGACAUCGAUUUUAUAUCAAUUUCUUCUCA